AUGAAUUCUGAUAGUGAAUUCUCAAAGGCUCAACUCUUAUCCAGCGUUUUUCAGCUGCUAAAAUCUAAACGAAAAACCUCUACUUCACUUGACUCGGACAACACAUUGGACGAACUACUCGAGUUACCUCUUGGCCUAUCAAGACCUUUGACGUGCGAAGAUGUAAAGCUCGAGGUAGAAGAACGCUAUCUAAAACCACUUACAACCUUUCCUACCUCUUGGCUUUCAAAAUGUCAACAAUAUUGGGGACGCGAACCCAAUUAUAUGUCUUUAGUUUCCUUGGGUCCGUCGAAGCCACGAAUUACAAUAGAAGUAAGACGGGAUGGUAUAGACGGGGAAUUGGUAUCAUAUAAAGAGGUUGCUGUACUAGAUGAGACGUUAACGGCCAAGAAUUCUACUUCGUUAUUACGUGAACCUGGUGCACCCAAAGAUUUUGUUAAAGGAGGAUCUAAUUAUAUUCCUUUUGCACCUGGGGGGCUGGAAUCUGAAGUGCUAAAAAAUGAAAUCAAUGAAGUCGCAAACGAUUUAGAGGAAUUGUUGAAAUUUGAUGAAGAUGAAAUAUUGACAGUACCUCCAGGAUUUGAACAUGGACUUAUUUUUGAAGACGACGAGACAUUGAAUAACGACGCAGUUGUAAAAAAUCCUGUAACUGGAUUAAGUAUUACAGAUUUGCUUGCUCAUGAUGAAGAAGAUUUCAAGCUCUUAGAACAAUUCAAAAAAGAAAAGAUAACACAAUCAAAAAUAAUGGAAGAACAGGAAAAAGAUAUAGAGGAAGUUGGUGUAACAAAACAAGAAAAUUUGUUAUCACCUUCGAUCGCUACGGUAGAACCGAUGGAUCUUUUACUUCCUGCACAGCCGCCCUCUAUUGAAAGCAUCAGCUUAAUUAAAAAAAGUGGUGCAAACAUUGCAGCUAAAAAACGCGAGUGGGCUCAUGUCGUCGAUGUCGACAUCGGACUGCCUAAUUUCAAAGAAUUGGUUCCGGAAAUGGCAAUCGAGUAUAAUUUUGAGCUAGACCAUUUUCAAAAACAAGCUGUAUAUCAUUUGGAAUGCGGCGAUUCAGUAUUCGUAGCUGCUCACACAUCCGCAGGCAAAACUCUCGUUGCUGAAUAUGCUAUCGCAUUAGCCGCUAAGCAUAUGACAAAGGCAAUCUACACUUCCCCAAUUAAAGCGCUCUCCAAUCAAAAAUACCGCGAUUUUAAAGGCACUUUCGGUGACGAUGUCGGAAUUUUGACGGGGGAUAUCCAGAUUCGACCGGAAGCCUCUUGUCUUAUAAUGACCACCGAAAUUUUGCGGUCGAUGUUAUACAAGGGUGCUGAUUUGAUUCGGGAUGUGGAAUUUGUUGUAUUCGAUGAAGUUCAUUAUGUUAAUGAUUCCGAGCGAGGAGUUGUAUGGGAAGAAGUGAUAAUUAUGCUUCCCGCUCAUGUAACUAUUAUACUUUUAUCGGCGACCGUCCCUAAUACUAAAGAAUUUGCCGAUUGGGUCGGUCGAACGAAAAAGAAAGACAUUUACGUAAUAAGCACAACAAAAAGACCUGUCCCUCUCGAACAUUACCUAUACGCAAAUAAAGAAAUCUAUAAAAUUGUCAAUGCUGAUAAAAAAUUUCUCAGUGUAGGAUGGAAGCAAGCAAACGAUGCAUUGUCGAAAAAGGACAAAGAGGUUAAACCGGCUAAUGCUCGUGGUGGAGGACGGGGACGUGGAGGUCGUGGUACUGUCGCGCAUCGAGGAGGCGGAAAUUUUAAACCUAUGGUGCAACAGGACAAACAAUUAUGGAGCAAUAUUAUCAGUUUCCUCAAUAAAAAAAAGUUACUACCCGUUAUCAUCUUUACGUUCUCAAAGAAGAAAUGUGAUGAAUAUGCUCAAAGACUGACAAAUAUAGACAUGUGCGCUGGAAAGGAUAAAAGUAAAAUCCAUGUAUUUAUCGAGAGAAGUUUAAAGCGGCUAAAAGACACGGAUAAACUUUUACCUCAAGUGCGUAGAACUUGUGACUUACUAAACAGAGGUAUUGCGGUUCAUCACGGUGGAUUGCUUCCAAUCCUUAAAGAGGCAAGCAUCAAAAUAACACUAUUUAUGUAUAUAUCGCUUUAG